AUGAAAGGCGCUGUGUCCGGCUUCCUCUACUCCAUCAUUCUCUUCUCUUUGAUCCCAAUCACUUCUUCCAUGUCGCUCGAUUUAACCGAGCUGAGGAAUAAAGUAUCAAACAUCAAAGUCAAUCCACGCGGGAACCUGUGGGCGACAGGGCAUUUCAUGGGGAAGAAAAGUGUGGUAGACAGUUCCUCUGUGGAGGCUCUCAGCUCCAGGCACGACACCAACCACAUGUCCACAGUGCUGCUGCAGCUGCAUCAGCUGCAGCAGCUGAUGAGCGACCCCAAACGCUCUCUUCAAACCAGAGGGAACCCAGCUUGA